UAUUUGCACAAGUUGACGCGUGUUUCAUUUCUUCACUGGUCCUUUCUCAAUGUUCUUUUCAUUUUUCUUUCUCUGUUCUGCACUUACUUACGUACUCUGAAUUUCAUCCAUUGGAAUGUGACUUUACUUGCUGGAAAAAAAAAUAAUUGCUUGAAGUCAGAGCGUGUUCCUUCACUAGUGGAGAUACAUACUUCUAUUAGUCCAGCUCGAACAGUAUGCCGAGUGUUUUUUCUUCCAGGAAGAUGGACAUGCAACCGUGGAAAAGGCCUUUGAUAACUCGAAUGAUGUGAGAAAGUUCAAUGGUGGGAGAGCAAGAUCAGUGAAACAAAUGCAAAGUUGCGAGAGUGAGACAUCAAAUGGAGUUGCAGGUAAUCGCAGGCCCAAGAGUCUCUUGACAGAAGAGAACCCUCAGAGAGGGGUCAGCGAAGAAUUGGAGCUUAUAAAAUCUCACUUCGAUAAAAUGGUCAGGAAAGUAAGAUCUCACUUCAGGGAAGAACUGAAGCUUGUAAAAUCUCACUUGGCUGAUCUUGUUAGUUGCAUCAGUAACACUCUCAAAGAGGAAUUAGUGCCAGCAAUUUGCUCAUCGCUGGAGGAUACUGUUCGAGGAGUGGUAAGGGAAGAGUUGGAGCACGCAAGUUCUCAAUCUGUUCAACUUGUAAGAUCUUCUGGCAAAUGUCUAAAGAAGGAUGAAGUGAAAAACUUGCAGCUUCAAUUCAAAACCAAGCUCCCCGCUUCAUUCUUUACAGGGGAGAAACUAAAAGGAGAGCAUGGCAUCCCCAUUGAUGUCAAGUUAGUCAAUGCAGACACAGGCAAUAUUAUUGAAUCAGGUCCAGAGUCCUCUGUUAAGUUAAAAGUUGUGGUGCUUCAAGGUGAUUUUGGGACAGAUGAUGAUGAUAGCUGGACCCAGGAAGAAUUUGAGAAAUCUGUAGUGAGAGAACGCAAAGGGAAGAGGCCUUUGCUUAUUGGAAACCUUCUAGUGAUUCUUAAUGGAGGCACUGGGAUGCUGGGUGAGUUAGAGUUCACCGACAAUUCAAGCUGGACUAGAAGCAAGAAAUUCAGGCUAGGAUUACAGGUGUUGUCUGGAUAUUGUGAGAAUAUUCACAUUCGCGAAGCCAUUACGGAGCCGUUCAAUGUGAAGGAAAAUAGAGGACAGUCAAAUGAGAAACAUGAUGAGCCUGCACCUGGCGAUGAGGUGUGGAGAUUGAAAAAUAUUGGAAGGAAUGGACCAUUUCGCAUGAACCUGGAAAAAGCAGGAAUAUACAACGUGAGACAGUUUCGACAGCUACUCGAUAUGGACCCCGAGAAACUGAAAAAGAUUCUCGGUCCGACGAUGAAAAAAAAUAAGUGGGAUAAACUCCGUGAACAUGCGGAAACUUGCCGUCUGAAUGGGAACCCUCACCUGUCUCUUGAUAAUGAAAGUGACGAUCGAAAUGGCCGUCAACUCACUGACCAUACUGCAGACCAGGUGCAUUGUGCUGCUGACAAAUUUUCUCCCAAUCAGGAGGAACAUGGAGAUACGAUUGUGAAAAAGACCUUUGUUAACUGGAAUGAUGGCAAGGAGCUCAAUGAUGAGACUGGGUCAAUGCAGGAGAAAGGCUCAAGCUCUUUUCCAUCUCAAGUCUCUGAAGGCCAAAUUCAAAAUCUCACCCCUUUUCAACAUAAUUUGGCUCCAGGAACCUGCACUGCUCCAGUGGGUCCGGAAACUCUUAUGGCAAAUGCGGGCUCCACUGCUGAAGGACAUAAUGGUGUAACUUUGGCAUUGCCAGCACAGUCACAAAAUACCAAUUUUGGAAAUGCCUUGGAGCUUUCAGCUGAUCACACUUCUCAUCUUGCUGGACAUCAGCUCGUAUCUGCAGAGGGUUGUGAUGUUCUAUUUUCUCCAGGAGAUAAUAGAAAUACUACUGUUGAAUUGCCAAUAAUGCCCCAUGACAUCAAUUCACAAUGUGCCAUGCCUAGCCAAAUGAUCAGUUCUUCAAGCCAAAUGGUCUAUACAGAAGUUGACAACUUUCCCUUCUCUAAACCACCCCUUGCCUCAAUACGAAGCUUCCAAUCUAGUACAUUUCCUCCUCUUGAAGGCAACCACGUGAUGGAAGGAACCCAACCAAUCAUUUCGGAUGAUAGUUUUAAAGCCUGGUUGGAUAGUAUCAUGCGGACCAUAACAGAUGAUGCUUCAACAUACUUCCAGACCCCACCAGAUGAUGUUGUGUAAACUUUUAAGAUCAGGAGUCACUUCCUAUCCGCAUAUUAGGUGUUUUUUUUUUUUU